AUGGAGUCUGUCUUCCUUGAUAAUUCUUGCUUGAGCGACGACGUGAACCACAUAAUGAUUGACUUCCCCUUAAAGGAUCAGUUUUAUUAUCUGAAGAAGUUGCAUUCCUGCUCGAUGAUAUAUAGGGGCAUUCCCACUACUAGAGCGCAGAUGAUGUGUUUGCCGACUCCCCUCACGGGGGACCACUGUUCCUUCCUCCUCGGUAGGAAGACAGGUGGUUCGGACUCUAUUGGAGAGAACCCAUCAAACGUAGGCGCAGUUGAGUGCUCAUCCAAUACGGUAGACCCCCACACCGAUAACAUCAACAGUGAGGGCGUACCCACCGAUAACAUCAACAGUGCGAACGUACCCACCACUAACAUCAACAGUGCGAACGUACCCACCACUAACAUCAACAGUGUGGAUGUAGCCACGACUACCUCCCCAGCAAACGAAGCCAAGACCGACCGAGAAAAACUAAUGAGCGAUAUCCUCUUCCUGUGCUUUUACAAAAAUGGAUGCAAAUAUGUAAUAAAUAAAAUGAAGGAAAAUGAGGAGACAGAGGAAAAGAAGAUAAUUCAGAAAUCACUUCUACUAGAUGCAGUAUCGCUAUGUCCAGAUGUGUAUGGAAGUUACGUUGCGCAGAGUGUAUUCGACUUAAGUGACGAGACCUACAAGGAACGCUUCGCAGACCAAUUUCUUGAACAGACAAGAUACCUCUCUCUACACACAUAUGGGUGUCGUCUCAUCCAAAAAUCACUAGAAUCUCUGUGCAAUGAAUACAGAAGUAAAAUAUUUAAACAACUACAAAACGAUUUAAUUACGUACAUCUGCCAUCAAAAUGGGAACCACGUAAUACAAAAGUGCAUUGAGGUGUUGCCCUCUGGACACAUUGACACCAUCAUAAGUAACAUUGAAGAAUAUUUGCCUUUCUUAAGUUCACAUGCUUAUGGAUGCAGGAUCGUCCAACGCAUCUACGAAGUUGGUAAUACCAACCAGAUCAACAGAUUGAAUGAUAAAAUUGUAAAAAAAAUAUACUUGAUUAAAAACAGGUAUGGUAAUUACGUUAUUCAGAAAUGUUUUGAACAUUCCGACGACACCGUCAGGUUUAUCAUCACGGAUGAGAUUGUUAGCGAUAUAUACAAACUGUCUUCUCACAAGUAUGCCUGCAACAUAAUCGAGAAAAUCCUGCUUAAGAAGGAAUACAAAUAUAAGAAAAAAAUCAUCAAGAAAAUUGUGGAUGAUAUUUUGGAAGGGAACGAUAACAUCAUCACCAUUUGUAAAGAUUGCUACGGAAACUUCAUGAUGCAGAAACUUCUGACCACGUGCAGGCGGAAGGAGAGAUCCCUAAUUAUCAAAACGAUCAUAGAGAACAUCGACAAGCUCAAGGAUGAGACAUACGGAAAAUACAUCUUGAGAGCUAUAAGUAAUCUAGAAACGUAG